GGGGAAGGACAGGAAGGAAUUCCUACUGACGAAUAGGUCUGCGCAUCUUUGGGAGGGAGUGUUUUUUGAUGCGGUCCACUACUCGGCGAGUUUUCCGUUUCCGUAACGUCCCGCAGUGACCGGAUGAUGGAUACGUGCGGCCGUAACGAAUCCUCUCCCUCUCGCCCGUCCGAAAGCGUUGACACCGACGUGCCCCUCCUCUCUCCCCCGUCACUCCCUGUGUUGCCCCUCGACCACACGCCGUGUGGCCACAUUGACUCCUCCGGAUCCGCCGCCUCCUCGCCGGCCAUGUGGACAAAGACAGAGGCCAACACAAUGAGGAGGAAGAGAGGUCAGAACACCACAACACAGACACAAAUCCGUUGACACAGACAGAAGGGCAAGUGCGCUUUCUUCCCCUGUGUGCCUUCAGGCUGCGAGGAGAUGAAGCACCACAGCUAUGGCGGCCCGGGGAUCGGCAGCCUCACUCGUGGGGGCCUCGGUGGCAUCGCCACCAUCGCCACCACCGACUCGGACGAUUGGGAGGAGUCCCUCCUGCUCAAGAGGAAGCGCCUCAACCGGCUCUACUCCCAGUCCAACAGUGCCCUGCGGUCCAGCUCCGCCAGCACCAUGGUCGACAUGACAGACGUCGACAGCAGCAGCCCCAUCAUGGCGCGCCUGCACAUCGACCUCCAGCGGCUGGCGGUGUCACUGCCGGAAUACUCGACCACCACAGGGGACGACACGAUGCGUUCGAGUCUCUCGAUGGGCGGGACGCAGGGCGAGCCCGACGACACGCCGACGUCGCCUAUGGCGAGGGCGUUGCGGGCCAGAGGGAUGGUGGUGGAGGCUGCGUUUCAGCUGGGGGAUGGGAAAGGACAGGAGGGGGAGAUGAGAGACGAUGGUGAUGCCAAGUGACCCACCGAGCGACAGACAGGAGAAGCACUCGUACUUUUGUGGCUGCCAGUAUCCAUUCGUCCAUUCAUUCAUUCAUUCAUUCAUGUAUAUAUGUCAGUCAGUCAUAUGUAUCCCG